AUGGCUGAGGGAGGCGACGAGACUGCAAUGCAAAAAGACUUGGAUAAUGAAUUUCAACGCUAUCUUGGGCAGUUAGACAAUUUCUUAGUUUCGAUGAAACAUCGAGACAAAGCAUUAGCAACAGAGUGGAUUGAAAAACUAAAGAAAUCGAAUAAAGAUAUACAAGAAAGAAAACUGCGCAAUCGCUUUAUCAAACAUUUCGUUGAAUCUACCAAUAAUGACAAGUCUGUCUUCUCGUCCAAGCCAUUCAAAAAUCUGCCGCAGUACUUCAGUGAUCCUUUAGAAGAAUUUAAAUCAUUGCUCCCGCUAACACCGGAGGAAAUCUUACAUCCAACCGAAGAAGUGAAACAAACUUAUAUAUCGGAAUUAUUCACUAAUGUGCCAGAGGGAGCGAAAUUUUUGCAAGUGCAACCCGUACCCAGGCAAGGUUCAUUUUUUAUUCUGUUAGUCAUCCCCGAUGACAGUAAGGAAGGGGGGAAAAAAUGA